UUAUUAUAUAAUUAAAAACAAUAAAAAUGAAAUCAAUUGUAUGUCUAUUACUGGUCUCUGCAUUAGCACUGACUUCAGGCAAUGAUUUAGAAGAGACCGCAAAAAGUGUUAUUUCAAAAAUUCAUGGUUCAUUUGGUGGUCAAAACCAAUUGAAUGCAUUUCUCGAUAAAUCCAAGACAUUAGAGACACCAAACAAUAAUGAGAUCAACAAAAAACACGGUAUUCUUGUCGCUGAAGGUAUCGGUAGUAUUGGUGGUACGUCUGUAAUAGUGGCCAGAGGUCGGCGCAGUGUUGCCGUAUCGACACAGUAUGGUUUGGGUGCCGGUGUUUUGGCAGAUAUUUCGGGUAAACAUCAYUCAAAUGCAUUGAAUGCAACUGAAGACGAAUUGAGAAAACAAGAAAUGACUUCAAUUCAAAAACCAUUUUAUGAUAAAUUUGUUCAGCCAAUCGUCGAUAAGAAAUCCAAAUCAGAUAAAGCAUUUGUUUUGGUUGAAGGGCUGAGAGGACAGGAAAAUGUAUGGAUUAAUCAAAACAAUGAAUUAGACGUCAAAUCUAUUUCUGGUUUUGCUUUGGGAAUCCUAACCACUGUUUCACAUAAAAAUAAUUUGGAAGAAACCGCUGAUAAUGUUAUAUCAAAUAUUGGCGCUCAUUUUGGUGGAAAAAGUGGACAAAACUCAUUACAAGUCAAAGAUUUUAUCCAUGAUUUAGACAACAAAUCACAUAAAAAGUCACAAAAGGGUUAUUAUGGAGAGGGUGUCGGAGCAGGAGGUGUMCUCUCAGUAAAAGUWUAUUACGACAACAAAAAUGUGAACAUAACUAGUUUGUAUGGUUUAGAAGCCGGAGCUUUGAUUGGCUAUAAGGCUGAACAUAACAGUGCCGACAAUAAUGAUGAUAAAGAGUCAACAAUUAAACAAAUGAGUGAAACAUUAUAUGAUAAAUACGUGAAAUCAAUAGCCGAUAAAAAAGGAUCGGAAGGUAUACUGUUUGUUGCGGGCGGUGAAGGAAAGGGWGAGUCAUUGGUUGCCACUCGUGACGGUUAUUUAGCUGCCGGUGCUUUGGCUGCAUUCAAAUUGGGUUCUCUCACUAAAGUCCAAUGGAAAUAAUUAUUUUCUUGCAAUCUUUAAUUUAUUAGUGUAAUAAAUUUAUUUUUCAUAUAUUUUAUUUUGAUUAUUAUGUAUCUUUAUUUAUCUUAGCAAUUAUUAU